GCGUUAGCUCAGAGGGAGCGGGUUCAGUUCGUCUAGUACACAGGAUAGCGGCACUCAUGGGUACUCACAGAAGCACAGCAGCGAUUUCUAUCACCGUUUAGCACCACUGAAGGUGCGACAUUUAUUCCGGGCACGUACCUGACAGCGGACUGUCCUGAAGCCCCACGGAAGCUCGCACUCUAGUAAGAGUGAGAGAGAGUAGCGCGCGCUGAACGGACCGCAGUGGAAUGUAGCGGGGAUUCCCGGCGCGCGGGGCAAGAGCUGUCAAUCAUUCAUCAACGCCCCAAGACAACACCUGAGUAGGUGGAGCAUGGCCAGUAGGAGUGGCUGGCGUUACUAUGCCUGAAGGCACGUUUCGAUGGUGUCCAUGGAGACAGAUGGCAGCUUCACUGGGGGCAACGGUUUGUCCCUCUUACAGGCUGAAGAUAGCGUGGGGGCCGGACUCGCUCAGCAGGAGGGGUCGUGGCUCGGCUUCCGGGCUACAGUGAGUGCUGUGCUGCUGCUGGAGCUGCUCCUGGGAGUGGGUGGCAAUCUGACCGUGCUGGUGUUAUACUGUGGUCACUGCAGCCUGUUGGAGUCCGUCAGUCAUGCCGUCACUCUCAGCCUGCACACCCUUGACCUGCUGCUCUGCCUCCUCUGCCUGCCAAUCACUGCCACGCUCCUCAUUCUGGGCGGAGCCUCGGUUCCUCACCACGCCCUUCUCUGCUGUCUUCACGAAUCGGCAGCCAGCUUCGCCAGUGUGGGCACCGCACUUAACCUGCUGCUCAUCAGCUUAGAUCGCUAUGACAUCAGCGUCCGGCCAGCCAAUCGCCUGCUGACACCUCGAAGAGCCACCAUUUUACUUGUUGGAGUAUGGGCAGUUUCUUUGGCCAUGCCCCUUCUACCGUUCGUGGAAGCAGGGUUUAUUUCGGGGCAAGGCGAAGGGGUGUUUAUGCACUCCAAUAGCACUGUGCUUUGCUCAGAGUGGGGAGGAACUCUACAGGCUCAUCUUUUACUACAGGUUCCCGUGUUCCUAUGCUCUCUCGCUGUGAUGCUGUUUACAUACUCUCGAAUUCUUCAGGCACUGCGCAUCCGCAUCGGACGCACACCCAGGUCCCACCGAGACAGCAAACGACCUGUCCACCGCCUCUGGUUACGGCGUAAAAAGUCAGCGAGGUCACCCAAUCACACAACGAGAAACACACCCACCUCCCCACCGCCGCUUUCAACCGGACCACUAAUCGCCUCUGAUACAGUUACAACAGUAACCAUCAACACUGAGACGAACACUCCCUCACUCACUACGCCACUUAGCCCCACCCCUACUGUAUCCGUGAUAACCUCUCCUUUAAGCCCCACCCCCACUGCUUCAAUGGUAACCACGCCUUUGAACCCUGCCCCAUCUGUAUCCGUCAUAAGUAGCCCUCACAUCCCCAGCCCUGCUACAUCAUCAGUGGCCACGCCUCUGAGCCCCAUGCCCACUGUUUCCACAGUAACCACUCAGCUAAGCCCCGCCCCUGUUCAGGGUCCGCCCAGUAUGGGCGUGGGAGCAUCAGUAUCGGCCAUUUUGGCUUUGCGUCGAGCAGUUCGGCGCCACCGAGAUCGGCGGGAACGCCAAAGGCGUGUUUUUCGCAUGUCUGUCAUCAUAAUCCUCUCAUUUCUGCUAUGCUGGGCGCCUCUCUCCAUAAUGCCCCUUCUUAUGCUGGCCAUUGGCCCCUCUGAUUGGCUAGAACGCCUGAGAAUCUGCUUCCUGGUGCUUGCUUAUUGGACGGUAGUGCUACAUCCGCUGCUGUAUGCGUUCACGCGGCAAAAACUGCGUAAAGUUCUGCAUACACGUCUCCGCAGGCUGCGGCCGCAAAACACGCAGACUCGAAUUUGCGCUAAUACCAGGAUCCGCCGCAAGCACAGGGCAGUUUGCAGUGAUGCUACUGACCGCUGCCUGACAGAGGCUGUUAGAGAGUGAGUGUUUGUGUGUUUGUGACUUAAAAGUAGGCUCACACGGAAUCUGUGUAAAUCUGUCAUUUUCUUGUUUUUUUAUUAAAUAUUUUGGAUAAUUUAAUUGCUUUCAGCUGCUAUAUGUUCAGCUCCAUUUAACAUAUUUCAGCAUGUUUAAAACCAAGAGCAUAACCAUAUUUUAAACAUUUGAAAGAGACUUAAGAGAACAAAGAAAAAUAAAGAAGAACUAUAAUUUAUUAAGUAUUUGUAAAUAUUAUUUUAUUUAUUUUUAAUAGGCACACACAUUCACUUAAAGGGUUAGUUCACCCAGAUAGCAAAUUUAUGUAAUUAAUAACGUACCCUCAUGUUGUUUCAAACCCGUAAGACCUCGGUUUAUCUUUGGAACACAGUUUAAGAUAUUUUAGAUUUAGUCCGAGAGCUCUCAGUCCCUCCAUUGAAGCUGUGUGUACGGUAUACUGUCCAUCAUCAACAUAGUCCAUGUGACAUCAGAGGGUCUGUUAGAAUUUUUUGAAGCAUCGAAAAUACAUUUUGGUCCAAAAAUCCCUUUAAGGCCCUUUAAGGCCCAGGUACAGAAAGGCAUGCAAGCCUUUUAAUAGACAAACACAUUUUUUCAAGCUUUCAAAUAACACAAAUAUGUGCCGUUGUUUACACAAAAAUCUGUGUGGACACAAAAAUCAGGACAGCUGAUGUUGCACAAUGUUGAUGGUGAAAAUUACGAAAAUAGAAAAAAAUUUGUGAAUCACAUGAAAACAUCAUUUUCAGAAAAAAGGGAAGCAUGAAGGUCCACCCUUAAAAUACUACGAAUGACCACAAAAUGUACAAAUUCACCACUAAUUAGCCAAAAUCAGUUAUUUUGACAUUGAUGAGCACCAUAAGUCCCCUGAGGCAGACUAGUCUAAAAAUGUAACUUUUUGUCAUCCUACCAACAAACCAAGGAAAGUGUAAUGGAGCACAGCAAAACAGCAUCAAGGGAUAUCAAAUACUGAGGUUGGCAAUUUGGCCAUAUCUGAUUACUGAGGGGACCCGUGGUUACGGCCCUGUUUAAAUGCAUUUCUCAGAUUUCUCCCACAAAUCUGUGCAGAAAAUGUCAAAGAAAAAGAAAAAGUCAGCAGAUUCCGCCUGGGCCUAUUUAUGACUGUAGGUAAAAGGUGUGUGCAGGAAACCAUUAAUGUGUUAGAUGUGUUAGAUGAUAUGUGUGACUUGCUUACAUCUAUAAAGGAAAUUAAAAGACAUUGGUAGGUCUCUAUUGUCCACGAGUGUUUAGUAUCAUUGGCAACUAAUCAGCACAGGGUUUCUAAAGCACACUGAACUCUGAGGUCAACAAGGCACUGUCUAAUUAACCAGUAGAGCACAAAUAUUCCCACGGUGCUAGGAGAAAAGAGCGAGAUUGAGAGAGCAUACCUACAGGUGUGAGUCUGCCAGAGGCCAUGUGCAAUAAAUUCCAAAUCCAGGUUAUGCAUCGCAUGAUUUCCAUAUAAAUUAAUACCAACUUAUUGGCAUUCAUUGUGUGAUGUAAAGAGAAACCAUGUAUCCACCAGUACACAUACUUGUGCACAUAUUUUGCAUUGUCCUUCUCACUGAUGUCUAGAGGAUAAUAGAUUUAUCAUGUGUUUAUUAAUUUAUAUGAUCAGGGAUGUAAAUAGUCACUAAUAUUCCUGUGGUUUGAAACUGCAGCCAAUUUGAAUUCGGCUCUACCAAGGGCAUGCAUACUGGUUCGAUCAGUUUGUGAAAAUAUUGACAAAACAAAUUUUUCCAAGUUGAAAUUAUUUUAUUUUAUCUGUGUCGCGUAUAUGUGUAUCUUGUCAGUGCUGUAUAUUAUUUCAGUUUGAGAUGGGUAUUGUAUCACUUUACAAUAGAGGAGCAAUAAGUCUGAAUUACAGUAAUAAAAAGA